GUCUGACGGUUGGCCUAGCAGAAACCUUUGUCGUCUUUCUCGUCAGUUCUUGGGCUUUUAAACACUAAAAUUGGAGAUUUUGAUCACUGAAACCCCCCAAUAUUGAAUUGGAAAGAAAGAGGAGCAAGAGGCCAAGUAGACAUGUUCGGUGAUAGAGAAGAAACUCCUACUAGGUAUGAGCUGUUGAGUAUGGUGAAGAAGCACUCAAAGUUGUUAGGGAAGACCAAUGUAGAUGAUGAAGAUGCUUCAGAUGUUGAAACAGAUCCACGCUUUUGGCAUGACGUCAUGGAUUUGUAUUUCAUUUGUGGUAGGGAGUCGAGGGGUCGCCAGGAUGAUGACCUUGUAUUCUUUGUUCGGAAAAUGAGCUUGCAUGGACAUGGUUUCAGUGAUAAUAUGGAAGGCAACUCUCCUUACUUUGUGCGCAGGUGGGCACCUAAGUUUAAUGAUUUAGUCGAUAAGAAUUCAGUAGAUGUGGAUUGGAGGCGCUCAUUUUACUUGAACUUGAUUGCUCACACUUCGUUCAGUGUAACUGUAGCAAUUUGCAGUCAUCAGGUCCUUAGAAAUCACCAGUCUGGCGAAGAUGCACCAUUGUCUUCUAUAUACAAGGUUGUAAAGACUGUUUAUGCAUCACCAAGUCGAGUUGAUUUUCAUUUGGACUCGACAAAGGAAGUAGAAACAACACCUGCGUAUCCAGACAUAUGUUUUGCAGUUGAUGACUUUGAUUCUACUUUUGAUGCAGUGGUAUUGACAGAUACAGAUCACUGCUACUGUGUACUUCUAAAUGCAGAUGGUGGGGCAGCAUUUCCUAGUGAAAAGCCAGCACAAGAUUGCAGUUCUAGUGAUAUAUCAUCUUUGAGAACGGACACUGGUUCUGAACAGACAAACAAAACAAAGCUUACUCUUUUCUCAGGAUUUGUCAGCUAUCAAAUGGUUCGAGAUGCAUAUGAAGCUGGGAAGUCUGGAUUUGGGAGUUUCCUGUCACUUGGACAUUCCCCUGAGAAAGCCGACAGAAUUUACAUGAAAGGCCCUGGUGGACGUGGGGAGGUUGAAGUUGCUGUUUCCGGUGUAUUAGAUCAAAGCAAGCAGGUUUCAGGCCCUUCUUCACCUACAUCUAAGAGUGGAUUUGCUACAAUUGUUCGUAGAGCAGCAAAUGCUGCAUCUGUGGCAGCAAAGCAUGCCUAUGCAGCUGCUGCUGCCACCCGAGGUCCUGAUGAAGAGAUGAUGCCUCUGAAGUGCUGCUUAAUGUCUGUAUCAUUACCAUGGGAGCACAUUGCUUCCGAUCUUUUGUUUAAGGGAAGCCCUCCAGUGAACUUGUAGGGCGUAGGGCUACAAGAUGAGAAACAGAAGACAACCUGAGCACAAACGGGAGAAUUUAUCCUGGAAGCGGAAGAACUACUUACAUUGUUGCCAGAGAAAAGCAUAGGAGCCUUUUUUGCAUUUAAAGUUGUACGCUCUUUUUCUUUCCUCUUUCUUGAAUAUUUUGGGUGGUGGGUUACUUUUAUGAUGGGGGUUAUGACUGUAUUAAAGAUGUUGUAAAUGAUUAGUCACCAAAACAAAACAAAUUAGUGUCAUGUAAUUUGUAUCUAUUUUAGCAGUUACCGGGUUCAUCAUUUCAUUGUUUGUCCAUUCCCUUGGAUUUCACGCUAUUGUCAUGUAUAAAUGACGUUCGAAUUGAUCCUGAGCCAAAGCCACGUAAUAAAGGUAUGUGGUACAUUAAUUUUCCUCA